UUUUGCCGUCAAUUGUCAUCGUUCUCUUCACCAAAAAUGAAUCAAGUUUGGCUGCUCUUCAGGGCUCUGGAGAUGAUAUUCGAAUCGAUCUGCAUGGCUAUUCACAUCGCGGCCUCGUUGCACUUUGCGGAGCCGAUGCCACACUGUCUGCUCUUUUGUGGCACCUUUGUCGGCUACCUGCUCCUUGCGUUCAUCCGUUGGGUACGGCUCAUAAGCGGGCAGCGCACUCUGCUGCAUCCGGCUAUGUUUAUAAGCCUUUCCGGCAUGCUCUUGCAUUUCAUCUGUGCCUUGCUGUCCAUGAACUAUGCGGAAAAUGAUUUUCAUUUGAAAUAUAUGGGUCCGCAAGAGGAGCUGGAUCAUGUAUUCUUCGGCUUCUGCAAGCGGCAGAGUGUGGUAUGCAUUGUUACUGGAGCUAUAUAUCUACUGCAAGCCAUACUGUUGCUCGAUCUCAUUGUCAAGUUGACGCCCAAUGCGGACUUGCACCCCAUUCAAAUUAUCACAGAGCCACCCGCUAGGGAUGAUUCGUUUAAGAAAAUGACCAACGAAGAGCUUGAUAGCCUGGCCAGAACAACGGCAGAUAUAUAUUUUCUGGGCAAAAAAGUUGACUAUUGGCUCCGCGGCAAGUCCAAAUGGUUUCGCCAAUUAGCUGGUGGCCAGGAGAUGUUAGAAUUCAACAGGGCGAACGCUGAACGUCAUGAUGUAUCACAAACUCUAUCAAUUGAUAUCACCAUACGUGAAUUCAAAGAUGAGCUAACACGCCAUUUGCCUAAUGAUUUAAAUGAAGAACCAAAGAGAGAUUUGGCUCAAACUAAGUCGAUAGGUGAUCUGCAGGAAGAUGUCGAAGAUGAAGAUGAGGAUGAAGAUGUUGCUGCAGACGACGAAAAGAAUAUUAGACGCUGAGCUGUUAGACGCAAGCCCCAACACGACUCUUUACGACUUAGCACGAAUAAACACGACUGCACACGAGUCGGCUGAACUUACACGACUCAGCACGACUUUACCGAGCAUAUAUAUUUUUUAUUUCACGAUUUUAUUGCGUGUGUAAACAUGUAGUUUUGAGAAAUAAUUACAGCACAGUACGACUGAACACGAGCCAUGUAAUCCACACGACCUAACACGACACAGAACGAAUUAGCCAAGACAGUCAGAGAAGAGAAGGCAGUCUUUAUAUUUUUUUUUUCAAUAACACAAAAUUUUGUGUACUGAAAGAAAAUGCAUGUCUUUGUAGCAUGCUACAAUUUGUAGCUCGUGUCUGUUUGAGAAAUAAACACGACUUAACAUGACUUUACCAGAGCAGCUGCAAAGGAGAAACCAAUAGUAAAAGCAAAAGGAAAGGUUUGUGUCUUUUUGUGAAAUAAAACAACAAACGAUC